UUCCGAGCCUCGGUGUUUACAACAACGUGGACUCCCAAAGGAUAUCGAAAAAACAAACCCUGUCCAGAAUAUUUAUCAGAAACCAAAUCGUCCACAUCAGUGUUAUAGCACAACUGAUAACAAAAGAUUAAACUUGGAAAGAAAACCUGACAUGAUACGUUUUGAUGUAAAGAGAUAUGAAGAUAAUCAACAUUCGUGGCAACAAGCGGUGUUGUUAGAUCAACUACAAAUACGCUCAUCAGUUGUACGAUCAGAUUGUUAUGAUAAAAGAUUAGCCGAUCAAAAACUUGUAUCUAAAAGAUGGAAUGUCGUGCAAUCAGUAAAACCCUUAGAACUGAUAGAAAAACUAAGAAAUAACACGUUCCUUGUUUGGAAUCGUCCAUGUCCAGGUUAUGUUGGUUUUAUACCUCGUGUGCCACCGGCAAUCAAGAUCAAGAACAGAGAGAACUUGGCGAUGAUGAGUACCAUGAAAGCUACAUACAGAACGAUACCAGGAUAUGAAUACAUAGAUCCAACCAAUUUUAGACAGGGUGCCUUUUCUAAAACUGUAACCUUAACAUACCCAUUUAACCCUUACAACAAAAUCAGUGAUACCAAGUUAAUUGAAGACUAAUUCAUCUUCAAAGAUCAUCCCGAAGUAUUACAGUUACAGCCCUAACAAAUUAUAUUAUUUUUAAGUAAAAUCUAUACCAAAGUAUACACAAAAGCCUUAAUUCUUAAAACGAUAUUUCCAUUUAUUUAUGUAUAAUUCCGGAGCUAUUUCAAUCUCCAAUUUAACAUGUUCUACUAAAAAGCUUUCGUACUUAUUAAUAUCGAGUAUUUCGUUUCGUAGUUUAGCCCGAUAUAUACAUAGAACUUAAUUAAAGUAAUUACAUGAUUAAUGAAGAUCUAUUCAGUAUUUAUAUAAUCUGGUUUGUUAGUUAGACCAAGAUGUUUGAUAUGUGUUUUUAUAUUUAUCUUUAUAUUGCCACGAUCUAAAAUACUAUGAAAAUGAUUCCAUAUUAUUUGUGAAAAUGGGCAGAUUUUUAAAUUUUGAAUAAUUUAUCAUUUGUGGAUAUAAUCCUAUGGGGAUAUUUGUAUUCAAAGCUCCUCAGUUUUGUACUAAGACAUACAGUGUUCAUUAUUUUAAAUGUAUUUUCUACGUCUAGAUCGCUUAACUCUGUAUCUAGAAUGUGUCCCCACUCUUCGAUGGCUUUUGGCCUGCUGAACUUUAUCCGUCUAUCAUAAAUAUCUUUUGAAUCUACGGUGUGAAAAUCGGUAUUAUAUAUUUUGUAAAAAUGCGUAUUUUAUAUCUUCCAAAUGAGUUAUAUUACAAUUGAAAUUUGUAUGUAUUGCACUUUCAACUUCGUUCGAUUCCGGUACAUACCUCAAGAUACAUUUUCCUAUUCCAUUUAAGAUAUAUUUAUGUUUUUCUAAAUAUUGAUUAUCGAUCUUUUUUACUUUAUCAAAAUAUUCACUAACGAACCGAAUAUUAUUGUUAAAAGGAACUUUUAAAAAUAUGAUUUUAUUAUUAGUCUUUAUAUUUGUAUUAUUCCAAAUAAUUUGAUUUUCAGCUUGAGCAAUGUUCUUUAUAUGCGUUGUGUAAAUUUUAUACCAGUUUGUAUGGAGGUUUAUAUAAAGGAGAAUGUUUAAAUUUAGCUUUUCUGGAAAGUUGUAAGCAGGUAAUAAAUUUCCACCAUAUUCAGCCAUAAUGAAUUCAUAUGGUAUGAGCCAUGUUUGGACGGGUGACUGGUAUAUUUUUCUAACCCUAAAAAUGCUAUUACAUAUUAGAAAUUCUUUUAAGUCAAUCAUUUUUAAUCCGCAAUUUUUAUUGUUCUGUAUAAGAAUAUGUCGCUGUAUUCUAUCAGGCCCGUUCCAUAUACAUUUGUAAAAUAUUGAAUUUAGUUUUUGAAUAGUAGAAUCGGACAUUGGAUUAACAGUUGCCGGGUGACGAAUUUUUUAAAUACAAAUUUUUUAAAUUAUUUGUAUUUUUCCAAUUAAAGAUAAUUUAUGUUUAUCCCAUACUUUUAAUAUUUGUUCUAUUUCAGUUAUUUUAUUUGUAAAAUUUAAUUCAUAGGUAAUAUGAGUGUCUUUUUGAAAAAUGUAUCCCGUUCCAUAUACAUUUGUAAAAUAUUGAAUUUAGUUUUUGAAUAGUAGAAUCGGACAUUGGAUUAACAGUUGCCGGGUGACGAAUUUUUUAAAUACAAAUUUUUUAAAUUAUUUGUAUUUUUCCAAUUAAAGAUAAUUUAUGUUUAUCCCAUACUUUUAAUAUUUGUUCUAUUUCAGUUAUUUUAUUUGUAAAAUUUAAUUCAUAGGUAAUAUGAGUGUCUUUUUGAAAAAUGUAUCCCGAGAAUUUGUUUGAAUUUUUUGCAUAAAACUAUACCGGUUGACUUAAUUUUUGCAUUAAAUUCGUAUCACAGCUAUUUAAAUCUAUCGCCUCUUUUUUUAUUAACUUUAAUUAUAAGUCCCGAAACUAAACCAAAAAGUCUCAAUAUCUAAAACAAAUGUCGUGCAGAGCUAACAUCUUUUAAUAAUGACUUUUAUGGAUUUAAGACCAAAUUUUAUUCCAUUUAUAUGAACUUAUGUC